UUCAGGAAGCAGGAAGUCCAGCUCUGCUCAGAUCACCAGAAAGUGCUCCUCACCACUCUCCUGUCUCUGUCUGACUGCCUCUCCAUCCAUCACAACGUCCUGUAUCUCUCUCUGUACCUGGCGUUCCCUCUGUCCAGAUCUCUUUGCAUCCCUCUAAACUCUCCUCGUCUGCCCCUCUCCCUCUGCCACACCGCUACCCCCACCCCUGACCUUCUCACAGCGAUCCCUCUCUCUCUGCUCCCCAGCCUUUCCUCCCUCACCUGUUCCCUCCCCACCCGAACCCCCCCUGGACAUUCUGUUUGGAGUGGGGACGUCAGAAUGCAGUCACAGGUCACACGCGCGUACCCUGUGGUCAAGGGGGGGCAGAGGGCGGCCUCAACACAAAAGACAGAGACAAGCAACACAGGCCUCACAGACAGAGCAGCCACACUGUGCCCGAACGGGGACCACCUCGAGAUACUCAAGGCCUUUGAUUUACAUUGGGAGUACGGUCCAUGUUGUGGUAUCACGCGGAUCGAGAGGUGGGAACGAGCCAACCGGAUGGGUCUCCGGCCUCCACAUAACGUCAGGGAACUGCUCCAUCAUCAUAAGACGGAUAUCAAAUAUCAAGAGAG